AUGUUGCAGGCUGGUUUGGCCUUCUGCGAGACACCGCAAAAGCUCAGUGGCAAUGUGGAGGGUGACGGACAUGCUGUUCGAAAGAUCUAUGUGAGCAAUGCCAAGAAUGAAGAAAACUGGUUGCCGCAGUUAGAUGACGCACGCAAGCGCUGGGCAUCGAAGCAUGGAGCUGCCAGCAUGCCCAAGUACUGGAUCGGUCAUAUCCGUUUGGCCGGAUUCAAGCAGCGGGAUGGUUGCGGAGUUGCAAAGCUUCUGCCAGUCAAGCUCAUGCCACCCGGAAGCGGUCCGCCCCCAGAAAGUGCAGCCGAGGUUGGCCCGACAGGUCUUUUCAAGCACAUCGAUGUCACGUGUGUUCGUACAGCCGUACACUCAGAUGGGGCCCGGUGUUGGCCGAACCUCGUCAAAAGUUUGCAGACGAAGAACGUCCAGAGCUACAAUGUCAAGCAUAACAAGCACGAGUUCACAAAGAAGAUCCAUCUCAAGGAGGAAGUACAAUCUUGGCAGGCACGCAGUGUGUUGACCGUUGGUGGCAGUCUUUGGAGCAGCCCCAAAGCCAACAAUCCAGGUGCUAUCGAAGUUCAAGACUCUCGUUGCAAGCACCGGAUUGCUCUGGCACCUUACCAGAAGGGUCAAACUGCCGCCUACAACUAUCCGCCAGUUCUUGUUCCACGAGAGCUGGCCCAUCGCUUCCCCUUGGACAUGUAUGUCGACCCCGUUUUUCAAACGUCGGAUGCCGCACAACGCAUCCGCAUGAGGGGGUUCACUCUCUUCCCACGGCUGCAGAGUAAGACAACUCUGCUUCUGGUCUUCUCUGGACAGCCGCUGAGUGGUUUGUGGACAGGCCUUCGCCAGUGGCUUGAUGCAGUGGCAACUGACUUUCAGCUUCUACCCAACACUCAGGUUCUAAAGCUGCACUGCGAGGAAGGAUGGUUCAACCGCAGAACCCAUCAGCUCACAAAGUUCCAGCUCAGACGGCAGGUUAAUGAGGACGAGAUCUGGACAACUUUCGUCUAUCGCGGGAAGUGGAAAUGGGAAUACGAACGCGCUCUGCAUCUCUACAACAAAGAAUUGCCGGUCGUGCUCUUGCUGGAUUCCCUGGGAUAUGUGAGAUGGCAUGCAGUUGGUUUGCCAACGUCGGAAGCAACACAGCUCUUCACAGCGCUAUCCCGUAAGCUGGCCCAUGAAAAAAAAGCUUUCACGUGA